AUUAUGCUAGUGAUCUCAGUUUUUCAUAUAUACAUUAAAGCAUGUGCCACAAACAUUUAAACAUUUUGUGAUGCCGGAAGAACACUGUUCCGUUAUGAACUGUGAAAGUGGUUAGGAAACCAUACAUAAAGUUUACGAGAAAAGUGACUGUAGUUGUUCACCUGUGGGCACUGAAAAUGCUGAUCAAAACACGAUGCAUUAGCGGGCCCCUGUCACAGUUACAAGUUACUGCGCCGCUAAGAUAAUGUGCCGCAUCAGACCCCAUGUCGCCCUCAAAAACUAGCAAUUUCCUUGCCCACCAUUUCCUGGUAUUUGAAGGGGGAUGUCCUUCCCAUGAUGAGAGGUGACGCAGAGCGGGACAUGGAGGGAGAGUUGUCAUGAGAGGAUAAUCAUGUUCACGGCCAAUCCUGUUCGGGAAGCAAAAGCCCUAACUAACGUCAUACCUCUCUUGUUUAUUUGUCUUUGCCCUCCAAUCCUUGUUAUUGUCCAGAGCCACCAUCGACGGUUGCAAGAAAUAGUCACUUCUUUCAGAAUUCAACAGUGGAAAAAUGUUCCAGGUGGAUAUAAGAUACCAAGUCCAAGUAGGAAAAAUGAAGCGGGACAGGGUUCUAGCACAGGAGGAGGACAGCAUGUUCCUCAAAGAAGGCAUGGUGGCCAUUUGGGGAACAGCUAUCCUCAACAAUCGCACAGUAGCGGGCAAGCUGUCGAACAAGGCAAAAGCCAACGGGCAGACAGAAGUGAGCCCUGCACUCACUCCAAGGAAACUGGAUGCCUUGAAAGGUGCCUAUGGAGCGGUGAAGAGGCGUUCCGAGUCUCAGGACGAUAUCACAAAGUAGAUGGCUAAAAUCCGCAGCACGCUGAAUGACAAAUUAAAAAAUUUGAAGAAGCACA